AUGGAAUUGGAGGCAAAUUGUAAUGAGAAUUCUGUUAUUGCAAAGAGGCUAUGGAAUGUGCUGAGAAUUACUUUCUUUAUGAUUAGGAAAGGGUUGGGGUUGAAGAGGAAGUUGAUUAUGGACAUGAAUUUGAUGAUGAAAAAGGGGAAGCUUUUGGGAAAGUCUUGCAGUAAUCUCAUGUGUCGUCAUCAUCAUCACCGUUCUAGACACAUGACACAUGGUAGCUAUGGCAUACAGGAGUACGAGUUCUCUUGCAGCAACAGUCCCAAUCCUGUUUUGUCAAAACGCAAACGCCAUUACUUUCCGUGCAUUAAGCCUCCCCAGGUUUUUGAAGAAGGAGAAGAAGUUUAUGAAUGUGAGCCCGAGGCAGUUGCUUUGGUGCCCAGAACACCUGAGUACAUGUUCAACUUCCCAUUUGACGUUGCCGAAUUAGCCAGCGGAGAGAAGCGUAGCCCUCUCCCCUCACCUUUCAAUGUAAGAAUCUCGAAUUACUCUUCAGAAGACGAGAAUGAAAUAGCCGGGAAUGACAAGGUUGAUGAUGAAGCCGAGGAGUUCAUCAGAAGGUUUUAUGAACAACUAAGGAAGCAAAGCCGUAUGCAGUUAUUGAAGUAA